UGGUAGGUCAUCAAACCUUAAGAUUCCCCAUUUUCAGGCGAUCUUCCUUGUGUAAGUAGGGAGUGCCGAUCCUGCAUAGUUCCUCACACUUCACAGAAAACCCAAACCCGAAAAUGCAAUCUCUGUCGUUCAGACUCACCAAGAGGCUCUACAAUUCCAAGCCUCUCUUCAGAAUCUCUUCCAACUUCGUUGCUCACGCAUCCUCAGCCACCGCCGCUCCUCCUUCUCCGUCGCCACCGUCUCCUCCGAUCCCCGCCCCUUCCGCUCUACCCAACCUCCUCACCGCUCCGUGGUCCGCAACCCAGUCCCGCGGAAUCUCUUUAUCCGGAUCUGAUGUUAGAGUUGGGAAUCUCGACGGAAACCGAGGACGCGCUCACGAGGUUCUCAAACACUAUGGCCCCGGUGAAGGAACAGGCAAAACCAUACUUGAGGUUCAGCCUCGCUCUGUAGCUGGUUAUGCCACAGUUGCUACUGCAGAGGGUGAUAUCAAAAGCAAGGAACGAAAGAGUGGAUUAGGGAAAGAAACGAAGACGAAGAGGGAGCAGCUCCUUAAAGCUACUGCAGUUGCCUCUCUUGUUUUAUUAUACCCAAACGCCUAUUCAUUGGCCUUGGCAAAUUUCUUUGUGUUCUGGCACUUAAAAGCUGGGAUAGAAGAGAUUUUGGCAGAUUAUGUUCACCAUGCAAUGACCAGAGAAUUUGUCACCAUUUCUCUCAGGUUGUUCUUGAUAAUCGCAAUGAAGGAUGUUUUCUUAAAAUUUAUAUUUGUAUAAUUAGAUAGUGGAUGGGUUGUGUUGUUGACAGUAAUUUCCAAUAAGAGCUCAUUGAGGGGCAAACUUGUCGAAACCAUAAUUUUUAGUUUAGUUGUUUUUUCAAAAUAACUUCGUGAUUUAUCAUGUUAAUGGAUGAAUUUUAGCGUGUCUUGCAUAUACUUUCUGCUAUCAA